AUGACGGAAGAAGCGAUAGGAGUUAGCUCCGUGGGCAGAUCUACGGAUACGAUACCGUUGGAAGAUACAGGUAAUGAUGAUCAGCCACAAUCGCGAUUGGCCUUAUUUAACAAUACAAGAGAAGAUAUUACACGACGGCUCAAGUAUAUUGGAAAACACUUCAAUAUUCUCGAUAAGUUGUUCAAGAAAAAUAACAAUAUAGCUCGUCUGCAGUUUGGAGCGAAUGCGGAUGGUGUCUUCAGCAACCUGAGUGCGAAACUGGACCAAAACUCUGAGCAGAGGGAAAGAGACAAACCUCCAACUUAUGAAGAAGCAUCUGCCGACAUGGCCCCGUCAUACUACGGGAUGGACGACGAUGGAGCUGGGAUGUACUAUAAUGAAAUUUGUUUUGACGGAUUGCCAGUGGGAAACAUUGUAAAUUUACUUUGGAAUAUGAUCGUUAGUGUUAGUUUCCAGUUCGUUGGGUUUCUGCUCACAUAUAUUCUACACACUUCCCAUGCUGCUAAGCAGGGCUCUCGUUUUGGACUGGGGCUGACGUUUUUGGGGUACGCUUAUUCGAUGGUUCCAAACGAUGUAACAUCGAAAAUCGGAAAAACGAAAAAGUUAGAUAGAUUAGAACCAGAUGAUCCAAACGAAUACGAUGAUAUGCAUCUUUAUUCUGGCAGUACUCAGCAAGAUGAAUUCGAGUCAGAUUUGAGUCACGGUGUUGAUGAGCAAAAGGCACGGACUCCAUUUUUGGUAGUGGUUUUGAUAGUAUUGGGGUUUUUCAUCAUGACGAAGAGUCUAUAUGACUACAUUUCGGUCAAGAAAAAGGAGAAACGCUACCUUGCGCAGGAGCAGGUUUAA